CCCGGCCCAUUCACUCCCCGGUUUAGGAUUCAAGUCGACCCUGUAAAACGGAGGGACCAAGAUCCGGCGGAACCAGAGGAACUACAUUUCCCAGCAGGCCGUGGGCUCCGAAGUGCCCGUCCUUCCCGGCGGCGCGUGUGGAGCGGUCCCCGGCUCCCCGUGUGCAGGCGGACGCAUGGAUGCCCCCGGCCGGUGGCGGAAUCUGCCCAGCGGGCCUAGCCUAAAGCACUUGACUGACCCGUCUUACGGAAUCCCGCAGGAGCAGCAAAAGCCAGCGUUGCAGGAACUGACACGGGCGCACGUCGAGUCCUUCAACUACGCGGUCCGCGAGGGGCUCAGCCACGCGGUGCAGGCUAUACCUCCCUUUGAAUUUGCUUUCAAAGAUGAGCGGAUCUCUCUUACUAUUGUGGAUGCUGUCAUCAGUCCACCCAUGGUUCCAAAAGGGAACAUCUGCAAAGAGCUCAACAUUUAUCCAGCAGAAUGCCGGGGCCGGAGGAGUACCUACCGUGGCAAGUUGACAGCUGAUAUCAGCUGGGCAGUGAAUGGAAUCUCAAAAGGAAUCAUUAAACAGUUUCUUGGCUACAUUCCCAUCAUGGUGAAGUCUAAGCUCUGCAACUUACACAGUCUUCCCCCCAAAGCCCUCAUUGAGCACCAUGAAGAAGUAGAGGAAAUGGGAGGCUAUUUUAUAAUUAAUGGCAUUGAAAAAGUCAUCCGAAUGUUGAUUAUGCCUCGGAGGAAUUUCCCCAUUGCAAUGAUAAGACCAAAAUGGAAAACCAGAGGGCCUGGCUAUACUCAGUAUGGAAUCUCCAUGCACUGUGUGAGGGAGGAACAUUCUGCUGUCAACAUGAACCUUCACUACUUGGAAAAUGGCACGGUCAUGUUGAACUUUAUUUAUCGGAAAGAACUCUUUUUUCUUCCUUUGGGAUUUGCACUUAAGGCACUUGUCAGUUUCUCCGAUUAUCAGAUUUUUCAGGAGCUCAUCAAAGGCAAAGAGGAGGACUCUUUCUUUAGAAACUCAGUUUCUCAGAUGUUAAGGAUCGUAAUGGAAGAGGGUUGUUCCACACAAAAACAGGUCCUUAACUAUCUAGGUGAACGCUUCAGAGUAAAGCUCAGUCUCCCUGACUGGUAUCCAAAUGAACAAGCUGCAGAAUUUCUGUUUAACCAGUGCAUCUGUAUCCACUUGAAAUCCAAUACUGAGAAGUUUUAUAUGCUUUGUCUCAUGACACGGAAACUCUUUGCUUUAGCCAAAGGAGAGUGCAUGGAAGACAAUCCUGAUAGUUUAGUGAACCAAGAAGUCCUCACACCUGGUCAACUCUUCCUUAUGUUUCUGAAGGAAAAAAUGGAAUCUUGGUUAGUGUCUAUUAAAAUAGCUCUAGAUAAGAGGUCUCAGAAGACGAAUGUGUCCAUAAACACUGAAAAUUUGAUGAAGAUUUUUAAUCUGGGAACAGACCUUACAAAACCAUUUGAAUAUCUUCUUGCUACUGGGAAUCUGCGUUCUAAAACAGGUCUUGGCUUCCUGCAAGAUUCUGGACUUUGUGUUGUGGCUGAUAAGCUGAACUUCAUACGCUAUCUCUCCCAUUUCCGCUGUGUGCACAGAGGGGCUGAUUUUGCCAAGAUGAGGACCACCACAGUACGCAGGCUGCUGCCAGAGUCCUGGGGUUUCCUUUGUCCUGUGCACACCCCAGAUGGGGAGCCCUGUGGCCUGAUGAACCACUUGACCGCUGUGUGUGAGGUCGUCACACAAUGUGUGUAUACGGCAUCUGUUCCCACUUUGCUCUGCAGCUUGGGGGUCACUCCAGUUGACGGAGCUCCACAUCGACCCUACAGCGAGUGCUACCCUGUCCUGCUAGAUGGCGUCAUGGUUGGCUGGGUGGAUAAGGAGCUUGCUCCUAGCAUUGCAGAGUCUCUCCGACAUUUUAAGGUAUUAAAAGAAAAAAGAAUUCCUCCCUGGAUGGAAGUGGCCCUUAUCCCCAUGACAGGAAAACCAAGUUUAUACCCAGGAUUGUUCCUGUUUACCACUCCUUGUAGAUUGGUACGGCCUGUACAGAACUUGGAAUUAGGCAAAGAAGAACUAAUUGGAACUAUGGAACAGAUCUUCAUGAACAUUGCCAUCUUUGAGGAUGAGGUUUUGGCUGGAGUUACCACUCACCAGGAGCUCUUCCCUCACAGCCUGCUGAGUGUGAUUGCCAACUUCAUCCCCUUCUCCGAUCACAACCAGAGUCCCCGGAACAUGUAUCAGUGCCAGAUGGGGAAGCAAACUAUGGGCUUUCCACUUCUCACUUACCAAGCCCGAUCAGAUAAUAAACUGUAUCGUCUUCAGACCCCACAAAGCCCUUUAGUGAGACCAUACAUGUAUGAUUAUUAUGACAUGGAUAACUAUCCAAUUGGGACAAAUGCCAUCGUUGCUGUUAUUUCUUACACUGGGUAUGAUAUGGAAGAUGCCAUGAUUGUGAAUAAAGCCUCCUGGGAACGAGGCUUUGCCCAUGGAAGUGUCUACAAGUCCGAGUUCAUAGAUCUCUCUGAAAAAAUUAAACAAGGAGAUGAUAAUCUGGUGUUUGGUGUCAAGCCUGGGGACCCACGGAGUUUGCAGAAGUUAGAUGAUGAUGGAUUGCCAUUUAUUGGAGCACGGCUGCAAUAUGGAGAUCCAUAUUAUAGUUACCUGAACCUCAACACCGGGGAAAGCUUUGUGACGUACUAUAAGAGUAAAGAAAAUUGCAUUGUGGAUAACAUCAAAGUGUGUAGUAAUGACACUGGCAAUGGGAAAUUCAAAUGUGUUUGCAUCACGAUGAGAGUCCCUCGGAACCCAACCAUUGGAGAUAAAUUUGCUAGCCGUCAUGGGCAAAAGGGCAUCUUGAGCAGGUUGUGGCCAGUUGAGGACAUGCCAUUUACUGAGAGUGGGAUGGUCCCAGACAUUCUGUUCAAUCCUCAUGGUUUUCCCUCCCGCAUGACUAUUGGUAUGUUAAUUGAAAGUAUGGCAGGGAAGUCUGCUGCUUUGCACGGUCUCUGCCAUGAUGCUACACCCUUCACCUUUUCAGAAGAGAACUCGGCCUUAGAAUACUUUGGUGAGCUGUUAAAAGCUGCUGGCUACAACUUCUAUGGCACUGAGAGGUUGUAUAGUGGCAUCAGUGGGAUAGAACUGGAAGCAGACAUUUUCAUAGGUGUGGUUUAUUAUCAACGUUUACGCCACAUGGUCUCAGACAAAUUCCAGGUUAGAACCACAGGAGCCAGAGACAAAGUCACUAACCAGCCCAUUGGGGGAAGAAACGUACAGGGUGGAAUCCGUUUUGGGGAAAUGGAGCGGGAUGCUCUCUUAGCUCAUGGUACAUCAUUUCUCCUUCACGACCGCCUCUUCAACUGCUCAGAUCGAUCGGUAGCCCAUGUCUGUGUCAAGUGUGGUAGUUUACUCUCUCCACUGUUGGAGAAGCCACCUCCUUCUUGGUCUGCCAUGCGCAACAGAAAAUACAACUGUACUUUGUGUGACCGCAGUGAUACUAUCGACACUGUUUCUGUGCCUUAUGUUUUCAGGUAUUUUGUAGCUGAACUAGCAGCUAUGAACAUCAAAGUGAAAUUGGAUGUCGUUUAACUUGAUGUGGCUUUUUGGGUUAGGAGAACUAUCAGAUUAAAACAAAAUGUGACUUUAGCUCAGUGAAGAUAUUACUUGGUUACUCUGGAGUUAUUUUCAAGCAUGUUAGUUUUCCACCAAGACUUGGCAACUAAGAAUUCAAGAUUUCUGAGUCUGACCAGUAGAGUAACUACUAAAGUUGAUUUUCAGUACACUUGUUCAAAAAUUCCAUGAAUAUCUUAAAUGAUUCUACUGGUAAGUAGAAGGAUAUAUAGGGAAGUCUUUCCAACCCCAGGGUCUUUGAAUCCCACUUUCAGUGGGCAGUGAGUGUCGAACAUUUCCCUGUCUAGAACAGAGCAAUCCAAUACAAAUACAAUGCAGGCCGUUUAUGUAAUUUUAUAUUUGCUUAUAUCCACAUUAAAGUAAAAACAGAAGGUAGCUCUAUCGAAGUGUAAUUAUUACAUAAAACUGCAUAUAGUUAACAUACAAUUUGAUGGGUUUGAACAUACGCAUACACUUGUCAAAAGUGAUCACCACAAUCAAGGUAAUAAACAUCACCUCCAAAAGAUUCCUUGUGCCCUUUAUGAGUGUGUGUUUGGUAAGAACACUGAAUAUGACAAUCUAGCUUCAUAACAAAUGUUUGGAUGUACGAUAGAGCAUGGUUAGCUACAGGCAGCAUUUACUCACCUUGUAACUUAGAACUUUUCCAGCAGCAACUCCCAUUCCUCUCCACCAGCUCCUGCUAGUCAUCAUACUAGUCUAGGUGUUUGACUAUUUUAGAUAUCCCAUAUAAAUGAGAUCAUGCAGUAUUUGUGCUUCUGUGACUGGCUUAUUCACUUAGCACAGUGUCCUUCCCAUGUUGUUGCAUAUGGUAGAAUUUCACUCUUUCUUAAGGCUGAAUAAUAGUCCAUUUUGUGUGUGUGUGUGUGUGUGUGUAGAUCUUCUUUAUUCAUCUCUCCCUCUUUUUAAAAAGAUUUUAUGAGAGAGAGAUAGCAAGAGAAAGCACCAGCAGGAGGGGUUUGGGGAGAAACAGGCUCCCAGUGAAUGGCCGUCGAGGCUGCAGUUAGGCAACUUCCCAUGUGUGUCAUGACAAUGUCACUGCUUUUUUUUUUUUAAUUUUUUUUUUUUUUUAUUUAUGAUAGUAACAGAGAGAGAGAGAGGCAGAGACACAGGCAGAGGGAGAAGCAGGCUCCAUGCACCGGGAGCCCGACGUGGGAUUCGAUCCUGGGUCUCCAGGAUCGCGCCCCGGGCCAAAGGCAGGCGCCAAACCGCUGCACCACCCAGGGAUCCCUGCCACUGCUUUUUAAACUUGAUAACUCUUUAUUUUAGUAAAAUGCCCCCAGAGUCCACAAAACUCAGAUUUGCAGAGGUUUUAUUUUUUGGCCUUAGAACCUGCAGAAAUUAGGAGGUACUGACCCCAGUGCAGCAGCCUUGGCCCAGGAUUGUUUGCCUUGGCAGAUAUGUUCAUACAGAUGAAUAUAAAAAAUUCUUUUUCUUUGGCUUAUUGCUUUUUUUUUCCUCCUCCCUUCUCACCUUCCCCUAAAGAAAGCUACUUCUUCAUUUGGUGGUACAAUUAUUUUUUUAACUAAAAUAAGAUAAAAUUCUUAAAAAAAAAAAAAAAAAGUUGAGCAGGGUGGCUCUAUCCCAAGACCCUGGGAUCAUGACCGGAACCAAUGGCAGACGCUCAACCAAGUGAGCCAUCCAGGUAUCCCUAUUUGUUCAUUUCUUGUUCCGUAUCUUAGAGACAAUAUUCAUAUACUAUAUUUUAUUUAAUGUAAUAUAGCCAAAAUGCCAUUUUCACAUGUAAUAAAUACUAACAAUUUA